AUGAUGGGGAUGGGCUACGACCGGAAAGCCCGAGUGAAGAGGAGGGAGAGAGAAAGUGGAGGGCAUAGGGCUAUACGAAACCGAAAAAGAUCCCAUUACCAAUCCGACUGCGGACAAAGAAGGCGAACGCUUCCGCUGAACAAAGGGCCAGACACCCAAGGGUUUAUAGACAUCUGCUAGACAAUGUCCGAAGAAGAGCUCAGCUCGGGGUUUAGGUUCAAGAAGAAACUCAAGCUUGCGGCUGGUAAAUCUAAGAGUUCCAAGAGCGGUGAACAUGGAAGGAAGAACUUCGAUAGGAGCACAAGAGAUAGCGACACAAUUGCAAGAACUGCGAGUGUUGAAAAGGCUGCCUGGAAGGGAAAACAGAGGACUCCAAUUGCUAAUGUUAAAAGACAGCGAAUAUAUGGUGGCCAAAAUAGUGAUAUGAAGGUUACCUCAUUCAAGUCUCCUUCGCGAAGAGGACACGAUGCUGGAGUAGCCGGGAAGAGCAGUGACGCAUAUGCUUCUUCACUUCUGGCUUCUAAGAGUUUAAGCCAUUCUAGUUCACAAGGCAAACGCUCUAAUAAAAAGCAAGAAAAUGAUAUCAGAAGUCCGAAAGUGUCAUAUGAAAGAAGGAAAACUAGGGGGGAAAAAGAUCUCUAUGUGGAAUCCGUAAGGAAGACACAUUCCAAAAACACCAAGGAUUUGAGCAACACAAUGGAUUCUACUGUGAAAAAAUCAUGGGGUAUAACUCCUUCAGAUCCUACCAAGAAAAGAGUUUUCAGGACAACAAGUGCAAAUGGUGAUCCAGAUAUACGAACUGAUAAGUCAAAAAAGAGGAAACGGGUAAUUCGUAUAGAUCCAUACGAUGUCUCGAAUAAGCGGCUGGAUGAUGGGAUACUAACUGAUGAAAAUGCCAGGCAGGAGAAAGCAAAACCAGAGGAAAAAGAUGAGAUAUCAAGCAAUGCUCAGUUCCGUGCAAUACAGCCUAGUAAAUCUAUCAUUUCGUUCGUAGAAGAUAAUUUGUUGGGGCGUAGGCGCAUGAUUGAGCUUAGAAGAGCAGGCUACAACACUGACCUCUCUGCCCCAUUGGAUAAUAUCCCUUUUUCUAGCAGUGCUGAGAGAGAAAGAAUUGAAGAAAAUGUAUUCAGGAAUAAGUUAACCUUCUUUGCUGCUGCAAAAGUUUCAUCAUCUUUUCCGACUCCGGAUUUGCCAGAAAUCGCAUUUGCUGGAAGAUCAAAUGUGGGAAAGUCAUCACUGCUUAAUGCCAUUACAAGACAAUGGGGUGUUGCACGGACGUCUGACAAACCUGGUCUUACUCAGACCAUUAAUUUUUUUAAUCUGGGAUCAAAGAUGUCUUUGGUUGAUUUACCUGGAUAUGGCUUUGCUUAUGCAAAAGAAGAAGUUAAGGAUGCUUGGGAGGAAUUGGUGAAAGAGUACGUUGCAACGAGAGUUGGUCUGAAACAGGUAUGCUUACUUAUUGAUACGAAAUGGGGGAUGAAGCCAAGGGAUCAAGAGCUCAUUGAUUUGAUGGAAAGAUCUCAAACUAAAUACCAAAUUGUAUUGACAAAGACUGAUACGGUCUUCCCAAUGGAUGUAGCACGUAGAGCAAUGCAAAUUGAAGAGAGAUUCCAGGCAAAUAAGUCAAUUGUCCAACCUCUGGUAUGGGCAAAAGUGUUUGUUGAGUUAAUUUUCUCCAUGUUUCGCCCAAGUAAUAGAUGUGGUUUAUCAUUUCAGAUGAUGGUAAGUUCAAAAUCAGGAGCUGGUAUCCGAAGUUUAAGAACAGCUCUGGCGAAAAUCGCUCGGUUUGCUAAAGUCUAGAUGAGAGUCAAUUUGGAAACACAAUGAAGUCCCUGUCUCAAGUUCGUCAAAGCUCAAGCAAGUGCUGCAACUUGGCUCAACAGUUUUUUCAUGAACGUGCAGAAACCGAGCGCGAAAGAAAUAUAAGUCAUUGUCUUUUUUGGUUGCAAUUCAAAGAUGUGAAGCGAAUCGGGGAAUUGCGCUAAAAAAGGGUCAAUCUUGUUGCUUUAAGGAAUAUUACGAAACUGGCUUACGGUGUUUCCCUAUAUGUCUUUCCUUUUGCCCUGUAUGCGGUGGCCUUACAGUACUACCCCAUCUUAUUCGUAGUAGAAGAAAUGGGCCGGACUUAGAUAAUUUUAAUUGAAAAUUAUGAUUUACAUGUUUCGUCCUUUAUUAUUAAACCUUUGCUAGAGGGUCUUUGCUUGGUUGGUUUUACCUCCAUGCAUUCGCCCUGAUUCCUGCUCAUCAUCUAUGGAUGACGACAUUGACAGUUGAGUUGGUGCACCAUUUUGGACUUGUCAACUCCAUAAAAGAAUAGUAGCCAGCCACCAUUAUCCUUUUGUGUUAAAUAUUCUAACCUUAUCAGAUUGUUCAUA